GCCGCGGGCACGCCGUCGUUGCGUCGCUGCGACGUGCGGCUGCGGCGUUCCCGCCGUCCCCUGUUCCCGCCGCUCUGACCGGCGGUUGAGGCGGCGCGGGCCCGGGGCUGCGAGCAUGCUGCGCAAGCUCACCGUUGACCAGAUCAAUGACUGGUUCACCAUCGGCAAGACCGUGACCAAUGUGGAGCUGCUGGGCGCGCCACCCGCCCUCCCGGGCGAGGCGGCCAGGGACGAAGCGCAGCGCAGGGACACGGCCCCCGGCGCCGGCCCAGAGGCCGAGGCCCAGGCCCAGGCCGAGGCUGUGGCCCGGGCUCAGGCUCCAGCCCAGGCCCGGACGGCGGCGUCUGGGAGGCCACUUAGCCAGAAGAGCUCAGAAACCGAGUAUAUUGACAAAUACCGCCAGCUCGAGGCACAGGAGUUUGAUCUGUAUGACAGUCACCAUUCACCCACUGGGCCAGGUCCAAGGCUGCCUUUAGCGAAAUUAAGCAACGUGAUAUGCCUCCCAGAGACAACGUAUAAAUACCCUGACUUGCCUAUAAAUCGAUGUAAGGAAGAGGUCAUUUCUUUGAUAGAGAGUAACUCUGUGGUGAUUAUACACGGGGCCACGGGGAGCGGCAAGAGCACGCAGCUCCCGCAGUACAUCCUGGACCGUUCCGUCCAGCGCUCGACCUACUGCAACAUUGUGGUCACCCAGCCCCGGAAGAUCGGGGCCAGCAGCAUCGCCAGGUGGAUCAGCAAAGAGCGCGCCUGGACCCUGGGUGGCUUGGUGGGCUAUCAGGUAGGAUUGGAGAAAAUAGCAACAGAAGACACCAAGUUAAUUUAUAUGACAACUGGAGUCCUGCUUCAGAAAAUAGUUAGUGCCAAGAGUUUGAUGGAAUUCACGCACAUCUUCAUUGAUGAAGUACACGAGCGAACCGAAGAAAUGGAUUUCCUGUUGUUGGUCGUCCGCAAACUUUUAAGAACAAAUUCACGUUUUGUGAAGGUGGUCCUGAUGUCGGCCACCAUCAGCUGCAAGGAGUUCGCGGACUACUUCGCUGUUCCCGUUCAGAACGAGCUGAACCCGGCCUGCGUCUACGAAGUGGAGGGCGAGCCGUACGCGGUGGAGGAGUGCUACCUCGAUGACCUGGAGCACCUGCACCGCGGCCGGCUUUCACCUCAUCUCCUGGAGGAGCCGGCGAUACCUACGGAAAUAUAUGAAGUUGCUGUGUCCCUGAUUCAGUUGUUUGAUGACUUGGAUAUGAAAGAGAGUGGGAACAAGACGUGGUCAGGCGCCCCGUCUGCCUGGGAGCGGAGCAGCGUGUUGGUGUUUCUGCCGGGUCUGGGUGAGAUAAACUGCAUGCAUGAGCUUCUCACAAACAUGGUUCACAAAAGGUUACAGGUGUAUCCGCUGCACUCCAGUGUGACUUUGGAAGAGCAGAACAACGUGUUUUUGAGCCCAGUGCCUGGGUACAGAAAGGUCAUCCUGUCCACCAACAUCGCGGAGAGCUCGGUCACGGUUCCCGACGUCAAAUACGUUAUAGAUUUUUGUUUGACUAGAACUCUGGUUUGUGAUGAAGAUACGAAUUAUCAGAGUCUGCGGCUGAGCUGGGCCUCUAAAACCAGUUGUAACCAGAGGAAAGGCCGUGCCGGACGUGUGUCUAAAGGGUACUGCUACCGACUCGUGCCCAAGGAUUUCUGGGACACCUCCAUCCCCGACCACGUCAUUCCUGAGAUGCUGCGCUGUCCACUGGGAAGCACGAUACUGAAGUUGAAACUCCUCGACAUGGGGGAGCCCAGAGCGCUGCUGGCCACGGCGCUCUCUCCGCCUAGUCUCGGUGACAUUGAACGCACCAUCCUUCUGCUGAAGGAGGUCGGCGCUCUUGCAGUCCGUGGGCCCAGGGACGACGAGAACCCGCAUGAUGGUGAACUGACCUUCCUAGGGAGGGUUUUAGCCCACCUUCCUGUUAAUCAGCAGCUGGGGAAACUCAUUGUCCUUGGACACGUGUUUGGGUGUCUGGACGAGUGUCUGAUCAUAGCGGCAUCUCUCUCCUUGAAGAAUUUUUUUGCAAUGCCUUUUAGGCAACACCUGGAUGGAUACAGGAGCAAGAUGAAUUUCUCUGGCAGCAGUAAGAGUGACUGCAUUGCUCUCGUGGAGGCAUUUAAAGCCUGGCAGACUUGCAGACAGAGGGGAGAGCUGCGCCACCCGAAGGAUGAACUUGACUGGGGACGGUUAAAUUACAUUCAGAUCAAGAGGAUUAGAGAGGUGGCUGAACUGUAUGAAGAGCUGAAGUCUCGCGUCUCGCAGUUCAACAUGCACGCGGACUGCCGGCGGCCCGUCCUGGACCGGGAGUACCCGCACAAGCAGCGAUUCAUCCUCCAGGUCGUGUUGGCAGGUGCUUUUUAUCCAAAUUACUUUACUUUCGGGCAGCCUGACGAAGAGGUGGCGGUGAGGGAGCUGGCAGGCAAAGACCCGAGGACGACCGUCAUGCUGAAGCACGUCCCUCCCUAUGGCUUUCUCUACUACAAGCAGCUGCAGUCUCUCUUUCGAAAGUGUGGCCAAGUCAGAUCCAUUGUGUUCGAUGGUGCAAAAGCCUUCGUGGAGUUUUCACGUAAUCCAACGGAGAGGUUUAAGACGCUUCCUGCCGUGUGCAUGGCCAUUAAGCUGUCCCAGCUGAAAAUGUCCCUUGAACUCAGCGUCCACCCUGCAGAGGAGAUCGAAGGGAAGGUGCGAGGCGGGGCUGCUGCCAAGCUCAGGACUGCAAGGGUGAGCGUGGACUUUCAGAAGCAGAAGGUGGACGCUGCGCAGGUCUCGUCUCACACGUCGGGCAGGUCCCGGGCGGUGUCAGAGCUCCUGCUGACGGUCAGCGUGACAGAGGUGGUCGAGGUGGGGCACUUUUGGGGAUACAGGAUUGAUGAGAAAAACGCCGAGGUUCUGAAGCAGCUCUCAGCCGAGAUAAGCCGUCUGAAGUUGGUGCCCUUGCCCACUCACCCGCAUCCAGACUCGGUCUGUCUGGCGCCCUUUGCCGACGCUGGUAGAGAAAGCUACUUCAGGGCGCAGAUCCUCUGUGUGUGUGGCCGUUGCGCUGAGGUGUUCUUCGUGGACUAUGGGAACAGAGCGCUCGUGCCAUUGGACCUCCUGAUGGAGAUGCCCUGUCAGCUUCUCGAGCUGCCCUUCCAGGCUCUGGAGUUUAAGAUCUGCAGGAUGCGCCCGUCAGCGAGGUCGCUGGUGUGCGGCGAGCCCUGGAGCGGCGCGGCCGGCCGGCGCUUCGCGGCCCUGGUGCGCGGCUGCGCGCUGCUGGCCGAGGUCUUCUCCGUGGUGCACGGCGUCCUGCACGUGGACGCCUACCGGCCCGCGGGGGCCCAGGGCUCCAUCGACGUCCGUGCCGCGCUGGUCCGGGAGGGCUACGCCGAGCUGGCCGAGGAGCCCUAUGAGUCCAAGCGCUCUGGCGGCGGAAAGCAAAGCCACGACAUGCUCCAGGGUCUCCUUUCCGAAGCCGUGGAGGGCGCGGCAGACGCGCCUGCGUCCUCCCUCGUGAGGGAGGAUGAAACCUACCUGAUCCGGGGUCUGCUGGAGAGCUUCGCUUCCUCCAAGCUGGGUAACCCGCACUGCAAGGCGAUCCUUCACGGGCCCUUUAACCCUUACGCGCUGAAGUGCCACAGCCUGACCCGGAUAUCCACGUUCAGGUGUGUGUGGAUUGAGAAGGAGAGCGUCAACUCUGUCAUCGUCAGCGACGCCCCUGAGGACGGCCACCAGAGGAUGCUGGUCGCCGCGUCCCUGUCGGUCAACGCCACCGGGUCCACCGUGCUGCUGCGGGAAACGUCUCUGCUGCCGCACAUUCCCGGCCUCCCUGCUCUGCUCAGCAUGCUCUUUGCCCCGGUGAUGGAGCUGAGGGUUGAUCGCGACGGAAAGUGCUACACUGGAGUCCUCUGCGGCUUGGGGUGGAACCCAUCCACGGGGGCCCCCGUCCUGCCAGAGCACGACCUCGAGCUCGCCUUCGACGUGCACUUCAGCGUGGAGGACAUCGUGGAGGUUAACAUCCUCAGAGCCGCUAUUAACAAGCUGGUGUGCGGUGGACCCGAUGGAUCAAAGCACCUUGGGCCGGAAAGGGUCGCGCAGCUGCAGGACAACGCUCGGCAGAAGCUGUUAGGUUUGUUCUGUCAGUUGAAACCAAGAGAGAGAAUUGUUCCCAAGUGGCACGACAGGCCGUACGAGUGGAAUCAGGUUGAUCCGAAGCUGGUCAUGGAGCAGGCGGACCGCCAGAGCCACCGGGGGAAGAGCACCUCUCUGUACCAGCUGCACAAACUCGUCGUCCUGAGCGCCUAGACGUGCGGCAGGCCGCACCGGCCUCCCCCGGGCCGGGCGGGGCUCCGUCCGCAGACCCCCUUCUCCGCGUCGGAGCGCCCCCGCUCUGCCCGCUGCCUCCCAAAGGCCUUUCCGGCCUGGCGCCUUUCCCCCUCGGGCGCUGGCCCCGGAGUGUGUUUCUGUUCAAGUGGGAAGGAUUGGAAAGUCUAGUCUCUUCCAGAAACAGGAAGUCACUGUAUUAAACAUUUUGGGAAAAGUGAUUCUGAAAGAAGACUUCAUUUGGAAAAAAAGUGAAAAUGUUUUGCUUCCCCUUGAUUAAGGUGAAUGAUAAGGCGCUGAUCUUCCGUGUUAGUUGCAGGAUGCGCUGUGUGUCCUGUCUGGUCAGUGAUGUGAACUCAGGUGCAGGACAAGCCAGGCUCCCCGUUCCCCGCAGCGGAGAAGCUGCCUUUUCCCCACAACCAUGUGGCAUUUUCCAGUUUUUUCCCGUGAAGGAGAGUACCUCAUUUUGGUAAGACUUGCUCAGUUUCAUAUGUUUUACGUUUUUACGAAGUUACAGUUCCUGGCCCACAUUUGGGAAACGGGGACGAGCAGCCCCAGCCCUGAGCGCGCGUCUCUGUUAAAGAAUAAAAGCGUUGGACUAAGUUUGUUUCUCCCAGUCUGUAGUCAGAGGGCAGUGAAAUGUGUUUCAUUCACACAAUCUCAGUUUCUGGAGUUCCCGUCACGGCUCACUGCUGACGAACCUGACGAGGAACCCUGAGGUUGCGGGUUUGAUCC